GUACCUACCUGGUGUCACGUGACUCCCCCGGAGUUUCAGUACCUGCUCCAGGCGUCUAAUUGGACGCUUGAGGUCAUAUGACGCUUAACGUUUGAUUCGUCGCAGGUGAUGUUUGUUGGUUAUUUGUGUCCUAAACCGUAGACUUGCGUGCGCAGGGUUACUUUUAGACCCUUUCUUUUCAGCUGAUCCCCAAGUCACCAGGUUUCUGAGUGAUAAUGAGCACCACGUGGGGUUUGUGCUUGUAGUGUAAACUCCAUCACCAUGUGCAGUAACGUGUCUUUACAGGGUGACCUAAACGAGUUAGAUGUCAAAACCACAGACACACUGAGGCUCCUGGAGGCUCACCGGCCCAUUAAAGUGGGGAUUAUUUUGGUUGUGGGUGUUAUGAUUACUUUGGGGAACGUGGCCGUGGUGUCGGUGAUUUAUUCAGCGGUACCGGGAUGGUCGAGAAACUCGCGGUAUUUUUUAUUAUCGUUAACCGGAGCGGACUCGGCGUUCGGUCUGAUCGUCAUGCCGAUGAACCUGUGUGUGAGUCUGGUGAAGGACUACAGUGACGAGCCCGACCCGUUCUGUCACGUCGUGGCUUUCUUUAACGCCACCGUGUACUCCACGUGUAUGUACACGCUGGCCAGCAUCAGCCUGGAGCGCUAUGUAGCCGUGUUCUAUCCGCUGCAGUACUCCAGCAUCCUGACCCGGAGACGCGCCCUGAUGCUCAUCGCCUUCGCCUGGAUCUUCCCUCCGGUUCUGCUCGUGCCCAUCACGUGUCCGGAGGGAAUCAUAGACGUGCACUUCUCCACGGCGUCCUUGGUGUGCAACCCGUCCUACUCUAGUAACGUGACGUACUCUCUGACUCUCACCGGCUUCAUCUUCUUCCCCUGCUCGGCUCUCAUGACCUUCUGUAACCUCAGGCUGUGGUUCGCAGCCAGGAGACAGAGGAGGAGGUUGAGGAGACACGCAUCCGGUCGGUGGACACGACCAAACGUGGCUUCGCGUGUGCUGGUGCCCGUCAUGACCGCCUACUACACGUGCUGGACCCCCUGCAUGGUCGUCAUGAUCUACACCGCAAUAUCAGGCAGCGGCGUCCCAGAAUGGGUGGAAUUUGUGGCCGUGUGGUUACCGACCUCCAACGGCUUCCUCAACUGUGUCUUUUACUUUUGGAUUAACCAAAGCUUCAGGAGAAAAUUCCACUCAGUCCUGCAGAGAUUGUGUUUCGGGAUUUGUCCUGACUCCAAACCGGUGCAUGACUCUGUGAUGGCUACUGUAAAUAACAACACCGUACAGGACAGGUCUUCCAGCAUGUCGUCUACAUGCGCUUUACUCCCAGACGCCGUCGAGACGUACAUCUGACCACCAGAAACAAAGUGAACGUCCAACAACUGGCCGUCUAAAGCUAUGAAUGAAUUUCUCUGAUGUGGGGAAUCAGUGAAGUACCUGUGGAUCACUGGUAUGGUUCAUUUUCAGUCUUCAUAGUCAUACAGACUUUUAGCUUGUUGGCAAAUCGUGCCUUUUUACAUUCACUGCACUUAUUUAAUUCCUGUUUUUUUUUUUGUUUUUUUUUUUAAGGUACCCACAGACUUCUUCAUCGUCUUAUUUUAAGCAGGUCAUAUAAUAAUAAAAUGAAUCAAUCCAACAUUAUCAGCGAGGUUCAGAUUUUGCCAAACGUCUCGUUUUCCCACAAUAAUAAUCCGUAUUGUCUGGAAUUGCACCUUGAUUAUUUUCCCCCUCAUUUUAAAGUUCAGUCGACUGCAUAAUGAAAGUUGUGUUCUGUCAGAUUUUAUCAAUAUGUCAACAGCCGGCAGUACAAAAGGUUAACCUUUAUACAAAAGGAAAGUAAUUAGGCAUUUAACGUCAUGUAAAGGUCAGCUCAGCGACGUCUGUUGGAAAGACACUAGUUUUUUUUUUUCCUGCUUUCUUUUUCUUUCAUUUGGAGGUCCAUGUGCCCUUUAUCUACUCUCCUGUUUUAUGCACAUAGUCUGAAUGUAAUUCAAUUGCUUAUGACUGUGUUAAGGCUAAACACUUCAUAUUCUGGCACUUUUUUUUUGUAUUCACAUAAUGCAUAAUAUUUUUUCCCUGUUGUAAAAUUGUAAUAUUUUUUAAAAAAAAAUACUUUUGUCAGCAGCUUGUGAUUUUUUUUUUUUUUUUUUUUUUUGUUAAACAUUAGAGGCCUGUUAAUGUCUGUAAUAUAUUUCAUAUUUCAGAAAAAGAAAAAAAAAUGUAAAGUAUUUUUGUAAAUAAGUCAUUUUAGUGUUAAUGUUGUUAAAUGUUUGUGCUGUAAAAUAAAGCUUAAAAGCCCUUGUAUUAGA